AAACGAAAUUUCGUGUGGAAAUUCAACUGGCCGUGAAGAGCAUACCCGGCCGGCGAAGAUUCAAUACUGGACCCCUCCCCUCCGACGACCGCACACCCCCCGGAACAAAGAGCUUUUGUUCAAACGCCGUACAUCCUACCGGUGACCGUUGCUGUCGACGUCGCAAUCCGUCAAAACUCGGGGGAGAGACAGACAUCUAAAUACAUCCAACACCAGCAACAAGAACAAAAGAUCACAUAAAAAGGCAUCGGCAAAUAAGCAUCACACAAACAACACCAACCACCCACCAUGGCGGUCGAUCAUGAUGACUUCCUCCACCUCUCCAAGCCGCUCGCGCCGUCGGCCGUUGGCUUCAACGCCAAUGUUGCCCCCCUCACAGUCACCAUCCAGCCGCAGGCCAUCCUGUCAAUACUAGACCACGCCGUGCGCCGCGACAUCCGCGACACCCAGGCCACGCGCGUCAUCGGUGCCCUUGUCGGCGUCCGCUCCGAGGAUGGCACCGAUGUCGAGGUCCGCAGCACCUUCGCCAUUCCCCACACGGAGAAUGAGGACCAGGUCGAGGUUGAUGUCGAGUACCAGAAGAACAUGCUGGCCCUGACUCUCAAGGCCUCACCCCGCGAGUCUCUGCUCGGGUGGUACACCACCAGCCAUGAGCUCAACUCCUUCUCGGCACUCAUCCAGAACUUCUUUGCCAGUCCCGAGACGGGCACCUUCCCCCACCCGGCGGUUCACCUGACCAUGAGCACCGACCCGGGCGCCGACAUUGAGCCGAGGUGCUACAUCAGCGCCCCGGCUGCCGUGAGCCCGGACCGCGCCGCCGAGUCGUGCUUCUUCAUCCAGGUUCCGCACCGCACACCCCCGACCAACGAGUCAGACCGCGCCGCCCUCGAGGCCAUCGCCGCCGGCAAGGACGAUGAGGCCCGCACCGCCCCCGUCCUGUCUGACGUCGAGGCCCUCGCUCGCUCGCUCGAGCAGACCAUCGACAUGCUGGACCGCACGUCCGAGUACGUCGGUGCCGUCCUGGACGAGGAGCGUGAGCCUUCGCACGCACUUGGACAGUACCUCAUGAACAACCUCUCGCUUGCUCCCAAGGUUGACAGCGUCAGCAUCGAGCACGACUUCAACAACCACAUUCAGGACGUCCUAAUGGUCUCGUACCUAACCAACACCAUCCGUACCCAGGUCGACCUGGCGCAGCGCCUGGCCCUGGCCAACCUUACCGACAAGGACGAAAAAAAGGAAGGCGAAGACGGAAAGGCUGAGCGUGGAGGUGGUGGCCGCGGCGGCCGUGGCGGGAAGCGUGGUGGCGGUCGCGGUGGUGGUCAGCAAAGGGAACCGAGGGAGCCCAGGGAGCCAAGAGAGUCUAGGGAGCCUAGGGAGCCUAGGGAGAGUGGCGAGUAGAUGGAAUUACUGUGUGUUGAUAUGGACUAGAAUCAAGCUUCAUUCGCGGUUCCUGCCAACUACUACGGAGCCGCUCAGGCACGCUGGCCUCGGCUUGGAAGCCGCAAAGGCAUUGGUUUUUGGCAUGAGAGGCCACGAAGACGAGACAACGAACGAAGACGUGUAUUGGGCUACCCAAGAAAAAAAAAUCCAAGUUAGCAUAGCACUUCUGAACAGUAUUGAUACGGCGUUUAUGGUAACUGAAUGAGGGGGGGCGGGGGGAAAAGUAUUGUCGAAUUUUUCCACAUUACGGUUGGCAAGGUUGUCCGACCAGCAAGUCACGAGUGCCACCCUUAUUCAUGGAGGCUCCGAUGCUGAUAUACGGUUAUUUCAACUUUAUCCCGGAACGGCCGGUGUAGAGUAAUUUGUCUUUGAUUUUUUUGUUGGCUUCUUUUUAAAACAUGUUAUCUCCUUUUGAGAUGCUCCCAGUCCGACAAAGCCGCUUGUGGUCCGUGUUCAUCGUCCGCUAGCCAACCUGAAGAUACCUACCUAUUUAAACUCCGCCGUGCUCCCGUAAUUUAACUCAAAUAGCAAUGCCCGCCAUGUGCGCCACGAAAC